AUGAAAGUGAAGAUUGCCAUUUCUGAGCCAACAGAAGUGACAGAUCCUUUUAUUACUGAUCUCGCCUCCUUCAUUGCAAAGAGUAAGCGUGCUCUCGUUGUGACUGGAGCAGGCAUUUCUUGUAGCAGUGGUAUUCCUGACUUUCGUUCAGCAGACGGAUUAUACAACAUUGUAAAGCAACGACAUCCAGGCACCGUUCUACGCGGCAAAGAAUUGUUUGACGCGACUUUGUUCCGUAACGAAAAGACCAUCAAGUGCUUCUACACCUUCAUGGCUGAACUUCGCUCUCUCAUCACCAGCGCCAACCCUACAGCCACACACGAAUUCAUUCAAUCCAUGACCAACAAAGGACAAUUGUUACGAUGCUAUACACAAAACAUUGAUUUUUUGGAAGAGAAUUUGAAUAUUCCUGCUAUUCAAUUACACGGCACCAUGAAGCAAGUACGCUGUACCCUGUGUAGCGCCACUUAUGACUUUACAGACGACUACGAAUCUCAAUUCCGUGCAGGCGAUGCACCUACCUGUCCUCAAUGUGAAGAUAUGGAUGCAGAAAGAACCCGUCUUGGAAAACGUCAAUUAGCCAUGGGUACACUGCGUCCAGCGAUUGUGUUGUAUAAUGAAGAGCAUCCGCAGGGUGAAUCUAUCGGUCAGCUGCAAGUCAACGAUUUGAAAAAGAAGCCAGAUCUCAUGAUUGUGAUGGGCACCUCGCUCAAAAUCCCUGCUCUCAAGAAGUUUAUCAAACAGGCUGCACGCAUCAUUCACUCAAAGCCUGGGGGUUGCGUUGUUUUUGUCAACCGAACAUCGCCUACCAAGGAAUGGGAAAAGGUCUUUGACUACGAAGUACUGGGUGAUUCGGAUGAAUGGGUUGAACUCACAAACAAGAAGCUGUUGGACGAGAAAUUGAUGACACAAACCGCCUCCAAAUUGAAACGAAUUGCCAAAGACCUUGCUGAAGAAGAAGAGGAGGAGGAAGAGAAGGAGAACAAGUCAACCACAUCAACACACAAACGAGCUACAAAAGUUACCAUCAAAUCAUCCAAUUCCAAGUGUGCAUCACUCAAGCGACAAUUAUCAAAGACACAGACUACAUUGCAAGAUUACACUGUGGCAAAGCGACGUUGUGCCAAUAAAGCCGCAAAAGCUGUGUAA